AUGGCGACUCCUGAAGCUUCAUCACAGCCUGCGGCAAUAUCCGUAGGGUCUUACGAUACAGCAUUAUGUAUUAUACCACCUGAGCAUCUCUGGCCCGCCGUCGAUGGCCUAAGAUGUCUCUACGACAAGGCCUACGAACAGUGGCCUCCGCAUGUCAACCUUAUUUACCCUUUCGUUCCGCUCGGAGACUUGCCUAGGGCGUCUGAGUCGAUCACAUCACAACUGAAGUCUCGGAACCGGGGAAGUGAAGAGGCAACAUUUGAGAUACGCCUGGAGGCGGCGGAUGUCUUCCCUCAUCGACACGACAACACUAUUUUCAUUUGCGAUAAUGAUUCGGAGCGGACUACGAAAAUUAAGGAACUCCGAAAUGUCAUCCUACUGGCCUUCGGGCAGAGGCCGGACGACUAUCGCAUGCACAUGACAGUUGGUCAAACCGAAGAACUGAACUCCGCACAUCAUCAGUUCCUGUUGGAAAAGGCACGCCUGCUCCCCAACGUGCAAUGGACCGUUGACAAGCUUCAUAUCUUGGUUCGAGAACGGAAGUAUAUCGACUGGAACGUCUCAAGUCAGAUGAGAUUAUGGGGGACGAUCGAUCUUACUACCUUCACUUGCUCCAGGAGAGAGACACCUACCAAGUUCUACGAAAGCAACAAUACAUCGACCCUGUCAGAUGCUGCAACCGACGCUGUCAUACCAAAGGGUCUCUUAGACCAUCUUCCGUAUACGUUUACGCCGGCCAUGGGCAAAUGGGUUCAGCACGAGGACAACUCGGAACGAGAGUCAUCGUCGGAGUCCAAACUGCGAUCAUCCAUCGCGAUCGCAAGCUACAAUGUCCUAGCGGAAUUCCACCAUCCACCUUCGCAUGCUAGAUAUCCUAUCGUCAUUCGAAAUCUGUUACAUAAGACAGCUUUGGCAGAUGUUCUUGUGUUGGAAGAAGUCACCGAUGAUUUCCUCUCAUAUCUCUGCAAGAAUGACGAAGUUACCAAAAACUACCCCUUCAUUACCCACGGUCCUCCUGAUCAAGCGGACCUCGAACCGCUGCCUAGCCAUCUCAAUGUAGUCGUGCUCAGCAGGUCAGCAUUCACUUGGACUUGGCUAUCCUUCAGAAGAAGUCACAAGGGCUCAGUCAUCCUGCAGUUCCGCGACAUUGGGAAGCGAGACGGGAACCAUUUCAUUCCGGCUAUCUUGUCAACUGUCCACCUCACCCGUGGUCUGACAGACGGUGCAGUCGCUACGAAGAAAGUCGAACUUCAGUCUAUCGUCAACUAUCUUUCCACGACGUAUCCCAGAAACCCGUGGAUCUUAGCUGGCGAUUUCAAUAUCACGACCAGCGCUUACACCAUCGAGGCAGCGCUCAAGAAGAAAGCAAUUUCAUCGCAAACUGCGACUUAUUUAAAGGCUCUCGACACCACCCUUACUGAAGCCGGACUCGUCGACACCUGGGCUGUGUCUCGAGUCCAAUGUGGGGACUCUUCUGAAUUUGAUCACGACCAAAGACAUUUGAAUGGUGCUUUCGAGGGUGAACAAGGGGCGACUCUUGAUCCAACAGUCAAUGAGCUCGCUGCAGAGAACGUCGGCACCGGCUUCAACAACCGGCCUCAGCGGUAUGACAGGAUCUUGGUUAAGGGACGGGACUUGUUCACUAUUACUAGCUUCAACAUAUUCGGCCAAACACCAGGUACCCUUAGUAGGGGUUCCACCGGUGGCGACAGUAGCGACGAGCUCACACAGGCGCCUGAGUUGUCCUACGGAAGCGAUCACUGGGGUGUAAGAUGCUCUCUGAGGAUUCGUGACGAAUCAAAACAGGCACCAGAAGACGUCAACAGUCCUUCGGUGCCUGUGCACUUCGAAGUGGCUGCAGGGUCUCUGGCAGAUGCGUCGGAGCUUAAGCAUUGCCUCGCUGAGCGAAACAUCUUCCCCACCAAGGCAGAUAUCACAAAGCGAGAAGAUGCCUUCGCCCUACUCAAACACGUCGUCUUGGAAGAUGAAGCCAUUCAGGCCCGAGGGAAGCCAGCAUUUGUGAUAGUGCCAGUUGGAUCCUAUGGACUUGGGGUUUGGAGCGCAACUUCCGAUAUCGACUGCCUCUGCAUCGGGCCCGUCAGCUCGAAGACUUUCUUCACCCUUGCCACACAGAGGCUGCGGAGAGCCGCUUCAAGAGGUGUCAAACUUCUUCGGCGCGUGAACGCGAAUUCAGGUACAAUGCUUGAGCUGGAAGUUCUGGACAUCAAGAUGGACCUACAGUAUUGCCCUUCGACGUUCAUCGCCGAGACAUGGCCAUAUGCGAUGCAACUACCGCCCACUGACCCCGUCUUCUCUUUGUCGACGCAGACGUUGGCGAAGCUGAAGCCGGUGCGCGACCUGUACUACCUCCGCCGUACGAUCCCGGAUUAUGCUGCCUUUCGGACGGCAUACCAACUCAUCAAGUGCUGGGCGAAGCAGAGGGGCGUCUAUGCGGCGAAGUAUGGCUAUCUGGGCGGUAUUCACCUCUCGAUCCUCUUAUCCCGCGUAUGCAAGCUGCUCUCGCUCGACGGGCGGCCUGUUUCUGUACCUACGAUCGUGGUGGCCUUAUUCCGUCACUACGCAAACUUCGACUGGAAGAAUCAGAUGGUCUUUGAUCCUUUUUUCCACAAGCAUUUGCGCUAUGUGAGGACGGCAAGAGAGCCUCUGGCAAUCCUGGGCUUCCACGCCCCUAAACUCAACGUCGCCCAUACUGCAUCUCUCCCUUCCGUGCGGACGCUUUCCGAGGAACUCAGACGAGCAGACGCUUUGUUAUCACAGGACGGAAUGACGUGGGCGAGGUUCUUGGGUGAAGAUACGGGGCCUGCAGAUUUCCUUGCUGCUUACAAGAGUUAUGUCAAGAUUGACGCGCAGUUCUGGGGUGUCUCGCUCGCAAAGGGGAGUGGUUUCGUUGGCUGGCUGGAGUCCAGAUGCGUGAUGCUUCUAGUUGAUCUCAACCGACGACUCCCUAACAUCCACGCCCGCAUCUGGCCCGCACGGUUCGUGGCCGAGGACGCCGAAGAGGAGGACACAGACUACCAGGGAUACUACCUAAUUGGGCUCGACAAAUGGGAGGGUUCCAACAGCCAACCGAUGACGAAGGACGACAUGAAGGUCGCCGCCGACUCAUUACAGACAGUCCUCCAGAAGUUCGAAACCCAGAUCCGCGGAGACGAGAAGUACUUCGACGCGAAGUCAUGCUGGAUGAGUGCCUCCAUAGCCAGGCAGCCGGAGCUCGGCGCACUGCGCCUCGACACGCGCGAAUGGGGCGAAUACAGCAUCGGGGACGACGAGUCCGAAGACGAAGAAGAGGAGGAAGAGCAGCCGCUCACCGACGGCGACAGCGGCGCCAAAACCUCGACCAACGCCAAGAAGUCGAAGUCUAGGAGGCAAGCUGCAGCUGCGACAGACGGGUUGCCUACGCGGCCCGGCUACGAGGGCAAGUUUCGCUCGUCCGCCGAUGUCAUCAACCGCAUCCGCUGGGACCCGGCCAUGGACAGCGGCGACUAUAUUGUCGGUUACGAGGACCGCUUCCUGGGCGUCCGGGAACGCGCGAUAGAUGAUUGGAAGGCCGAGCAGACCGACGAGGAGUUCAUCCCGCAGCACCGCAUCUUGUACUUCAAACACAGGAGCGACGGGGCCGUGGUGUGGGACCGGAAGGGGAGGCGGGAUGCGGUUUUUGGAAGUGGGUUUGGUGGUGGUGAUGUUGCUGCUGCUGGCUUAGGGGGCAGGCAGGCGUUGAGUUGA